UGCAUCGACGCGGCUCCCAUUCACACCGCACCUGACCCGGUAAUCAACCCGGGUAAAACCCUUCUUUUUUACCGGGUCGAUUUACCGGGUCAGGCGACCCGCUAAAUCGGCCAGUGUGCUUUCACAUCGCAAUAUGCCGUGUCGGUACCGGGUUAUUUGUGCGAUGUGAAAUGGGGACUCUUAUCCACUAACUGGUCAUCUCCAGACUGGACUACUGUAAUCUCCUCCUGACUGGCAUUCCUGACAAUUACCUCUCUCCACUCCAAUCUAUCCUCAAUGCUGCUGCCCGGCUCAUCUUCCUCACCAAACGCACUACGUCCACCUCUCCUCUCUUCCUAGACCUUCACUGGUUCCCCUUCCCUUUCAGAAUCCAUUUCAAGCUUCUCACACUUCCUUACAAAGCCCUCACCAACUCCUCUCCCAUCUACAUCUCUGAUCUUAUCUCGCUUUACACUCCCACCCGUCCUCUUCGCUCUGCUAAUGCUAGCCGACUCUCCUGCCUACGGAUUACUUCCUCCCACUCCUACCUCCAAGAUUUUUCAUGUGCUGCACCACUUCUCUGGAAUUCCCUACCUCUCCUCCUCAGACUCUCCACCUCUCUACAAAACUUCAAACGGCUCUCAAGACCCACUUCUUCACCAAACCCAGCCAAAUCUCAUCCUAAACCUCUGUUCUACGCUCUCUAUGUACCCCAACUGUGUCACCCCUGUCUGUCUACCCCUCCCCUUUAGAAUGUAAGCUCUCACGAGCAGGGCCCUCUUCCCUCAUGUGCUUAUCCUUUCUUACUUUAAUAAUCUUCAGCUGCACCAAAUCCAGCAGUCUUCUGCCACCUGAUACUUAUUCCAGUGUCAUCUGCUGAUGUAGCUAUGUUUAUUUACCCUGUACUUUUCCAAUAUUGUCGUCAACUGUAAGUUGCUGUUUUCCUGUUUGAUUAUUUGUUUAUGUACUCUGUAAUUGGGCGCUGCGGAACCCUUGUGGCGCCAUAUAAAUAAAGGAUAAUUAUAAUAAUAAUAAUAAAAUAUCCAGGACCAUUUCCAGACAAUUUGUUUCCCAAUGCAAACACAAAAAAAUGCGCCCCCUCCAUAUACAUUUAAAUAUUAACAUUUGCACACGCCAAAAAGGGGCAUGGCCUCGCUGUAAUGGGUGUGGCUUUGCUGCAAUGGGUAUGUCCUUACAGGAAAAGGCUAAUUUUCACAAAUGUAGUGUCCCUUACACCAUAUUCUGUCCCACACAGUAAUGCCCCUUGCACCAUAUUAAGCCACCACAGUACUGCCCCUGACACUCUAUUAUGCCCCACACCGUAAUGCCCCUGUCACCAUAUUAAACACCCACAGUUAUGCCCGUCACCAUAUUAUUACCCUACAGUAAUGCCUCCGACACCAUACUAUGUCCCACACCUUAAUGCUCCUGUCACCAUAUUAAGCACUCACAGUUAUGCCCCUGUCACCAUAUUAUGCCCCUACUGUAAUUCAGUAUGCCACAGUACCUGCUCUUUGUCAAGGGGUUCUGCUCAUUGUCAGGGGAUACCCUCCACCGCCGCCAGUCUCUGCAGUCCCGGUGGAGACCACUGUUCGCACCUGCCACCAGUUCAAAAUAAUUAAAAUGACAUUCUCAUAAUGGCUGCCUCCUCCUCUAGCAUCCUUAAUAACUGUCUUCUAUGAGGUCAUUUUGGGCGGGACAUUUUCAAUAGUAUUCCAGAUGGAAUACUGUAACAUGCACUUGCCACGGCCGCAGCGCCCCAUGCAAUCACAUGGCUCACCUGGCCCUAGAAACGCCACUGCUUAUGUCUUAUAUUAACCCUAUAUAUACACUAGGUUUUCAUCAAGCAGGACUAGGGUGCUGUUAAAUCUUGGGUAGAGGCACUGUACUAUAGAUAUUUAACCAUUAAUUGAGGUUAAUUCUGCAUGUGCAUCUAAGGUUUUAUCUAGAACUAAUGAGGUAAAGUCAUAUCUGUAUUGGUCACAGGAUUUUAUACACACAGUGGGGUAAAUUUACUAAGAUUCGUAUUAGUAGCGAUUUGGUGUGAGAAUCAUCACGAAUGACAUCGAAAGUGUAUUUGUGCAACUUUUUGAAUUUGUUACGCCUCAUUUACUAAGCUGUCGUAUUUGUAUUUUUUGUGUUUUCCGAUGUCAAUGUCAUUCGUGGUUUUUGUAAGGUAUAAUGCGGCCGAUUUUGAGGUUUGUCGGCCGUGUUCUGUGAUUUUUUACGAAUGCGUCACAUUUCUGUUACGGCAGUGUUUGGCCGUUCAAUGGCGCGUUUUUUUCCCAAGUUUCGUUUUUGUCACUCGUCCGUGAUUGGUUGGAUUCGUGGUGGAGGAGUGUCUGUGCACAUUAGUAUAAAAAUGCCCCAAACCGGCCGCACCUCGUGGGUUUAGCUAGUGGUGAGGAGAGAGGAAGGUGUUUUUGGAGUUGGUGAGUUUUGUGGAGUUUGUGGAGGUUUUGAGGCGGAGUUUUGUGAUUGUUGAGUGCUGUACUGUGUGUGUAAGUAGUCUUGUCAUACUUGUUGUGGAGUUAUUUAAAAGUCUGUCUAUUUUUUUGUCUUUUGUUUUUUAGUUACGUCUAUAGUCACUGUUUGUGAGUGAGAGCUUGUGUGUGUGUGUGUGUGUGUGUGUGUGUGUGUGUGUGUGUGUGUGUGUGUGUGUGUGUGUGUGUGUGUGGUGUGUAGUGGUAGUGGAGGAGUGUGUUAUUUGUUUUUUUUUCUCUGUGUUUUUUGUGGUUUGUUCUGAUUAUGUCACAGUCAGAGGUGAGUGUGGUGGAGGAGGUGAGUGAGAGGGAGGAGGUGAGUGAGGUGGAGGAGGUGAGUGAGAGGGAGGAGGUGAGUGAGGUGGAGGAGGUGAGUGAGAGGGAGGAGGUUAGUGAGGAGGAGGGGGAGGUUGCGGCUGCGUAUUCAAGUGAUAGUGAUAGUGAUGGUGUUGUGGCUCCGCAGCCACGCACCACUACAAAGACGGGCCGCAAUGUUAAGUUUAGCUACUCAGAAAACAUGGCUCUGGUGCGGGAGCUGAUGAGGCAUCAUCGCCAGUUGUUUGGGUCUGAUGCAGCUAAGGUGUCGACCCGCAGGAAGACUGUCCUGUGGGGGAAGGUUGUUGCUGCUGUGAACAGUGAGGGUGUGGUGAGGCGAACCGAGGACACCUGUAGGAAACGCUUCUAUGACAUCAAGCGCCGUGUGAAGGCCAAGAUGGCUAAGGAGGCAAAAUCUGCCCGUCAAACCUGGGGUGGACACCCCUUCCGAGCGUCUUAUAAAGAUUGGGAGGAGCCAAUGCGUUCAUUGAUUCCAACAGAGGUGGUUUCUACCCUUCAUGUCCGUGAUUCGGACCGCCCAAGGUCGGAUGUACGCCAGAGAAGCAGCACAUCCAGGCCACAGCCAACCCUGCCUAGAGCUGAUGAUGGUGGGAAUGCUGGCUCUUCGUCUGUUCCGCGGCCACUAAGGCGCCCAUCACAGGGCAGCGUUACUGUGGCUACAAGGCCAUCCAAGAGGCCCCGUGUUCAGGCUUCUGCUCCUGCUACUGCACCAGCAUCACCCCCCCGAAGGCGCAUCUCUGCAGUGGCUGCAGUGCCACCACUGGCACUUUUGGCAAGCCCCCAAAGUGAUGAGCCGCAAUCCCCACAGUUGUCUGACCCAGCCAUCAUGAGCGACGAUGGCCAGCAGGACCGUGCCCAGGAGACAUUUACACUCCACCUGCAGCCCAUCGACCCAACACAGGCAAACAUGGCUCAGGACAUUCCACAACAACCUCAAGCUUCACAAACUCAACAAAUGAGCUCAACACCAGGGACAAUGCAAACGGACCAAGAGUUUUGGUCAGGUUGGGCAUCACACCAGGCACACCACUCCGCGUGCCUCACCACCCAAAUACAACACCUGUCUAGUCUGCCCCAUCAUUUGCCAAAAGUUAGUCGCAACUCAGCCAGACUCAUAGUGCAGGUGGGGCGUAUAGCAAACACUAUGGAGCAGAUGAGGGCAGACAACUCACAAAUGCAGGCGAACCAUCAGCGCAUCAUGGAUGAGCAACAGCGGCAACACCAAACACUGAUCCAGAUUAUACAGCACAAUCAAGUUAUAAAUGACAAUCUGUCUAGAAUCAUUGCCAACAAUACUGCCGCAUAUACACAGCUUACGGCAAGUUUAAAUAUUUUGAGCCAAAAUUUAAGUGUGAUGGGCCAACACCAUGUGACCUCAAGCUCAGGCACAACAACCCCUAGCCAAACCCCAGUACAAUCACCAGUUCGACGUUCAAGUCGAAGCCGCACCCACGAGCCACCACAAGCCUCUGCACCCAGCACCCAAAAAAAAUAAUAAUAAUAUGUAGUGUACAUAAUAUGGUGGCCAUUUCAAGUUAUCACAUAUGUGUUAUGACUACAUUGGUCUGUUGUUUACAAUAAAUUGUUAAUCCAAAA